GUGUAUUUCUCUUCUCAUAGCGAAAAAAAGCCAAAAGCAGAGAAAGAAGAGAGGAGAAAGAAAAAAAGAAAAAAAAGAAAAAAAAGAAAAAAAAACUCCUCCUCGUUCGAACUUCUCCUUCGUCUUUCGAAUCUAGGGUUAGGAUUUAAGGGAAGAGAUGGGGCAGCAAUCUCUGAUCUACAGCUUCGUAGCGAGAGGGACGGUGAUCAUUGCUGAAUACACCGAAUUCACAGGCAAUUUCACAAGCAUCGCAUCUCAAUGCCUUCAUAAGCUUCCUGCCUCCAACAACAAGUUCACCUACGACUGCGAUUCUCAUACCUUCAAUUACCUCGUCGAAGACGGUUUCACCUACUGUGUAGUUGCAGUUGAGUCAGCAGGAAGGCAAGUUCCUAUUGCCUUCCUGGAGCGUGUGAAGGAAGAUUUCAACAAGAGGUAUCGAGGAGGAAAAGCUGCGACUGCUGCUGCUAACAGCCUUAACAAAGAGUUUGGGCCAAAACUGAAGGAGCACAUGCAGUACUGUGUGGACCAUCCAGAGGAGAUCAGCAAGCUUGCAAAAGUGAAGGCUCAGGUGUCAGAAGUUAAAGGAGUGAUGAUGGAAAAUAUUGAAAAGGUUCUUGACCGCGGGGAGAAAAUUGAGCUUCUGGUGGACAAAACGGAAAAUCUUCGUUCACAGGCACAAGACUUCCGGCAACAAGGUACAAAGAUGAGGAGGAAGAUGUGGCUGCAGAACAUGAAGAUAAAGCUGAUCGUUUUGGGGAUUAUCAUUGCUUUGAUUCUCAUCAUAAUAUUGUCUGUUUGCCGUGGCUUCAACUGUUGAAAGAAGAAAAACCAACCUCUCCCCUCCACACUGGACUACUGCAUUAGGUAUGUCUACAUCUGGAUUGGUUCUAAUAUGUUGUUUUGAUGUCCCCUUUUGUGAAUGAGUCUUGUUUUUUUUUUCUUCCUUCUCUGCCUUUCUAUACUUUUUGUUUCUGGGAUGGGAGAACGAUUUGUAUUUUGUAUGGGAUUGCAUUGCAUGUAUAGAUUGUCUCAAGCAUGAAUUCUUUAUAUGAGGAGAGAUUAUUUUGAUGAUGA